GCGCGCGGCUCCCCAUUGGCGCGGCGCGGCCUGGCCCGGCUCGGUUUAUGUGCGAGGCGCGGACGGGCGCCCCGGCAGUGCCCCGACGGCGCCGAGCGGGAGCGCGGCCGCCCCGCGCCUCCUCGCCCUGCUGCGCCGCCCUGCCCGGCCCGGCGCGGGGGGCGGGUGGCCGAUUUGGGUUUUGUGGUUUUGUUUCUGGGUUUUUUUUUUUUGGUUUUUUUUUUUUUUAUUUUGGUUUUUUUUUGUUUGUUUGUUUGUUUUGUUUUUGGUGUCGGCCGGGGGGUGCUCGCCUCGCUGCCCGCCCGCGGCCGGGACCGCGCCUGCCCGCAGCGGGGGGCGGAGCGGGGGUGCGUUUUGGGGUGGUUUUGUACUUUUUUGGGGGCGGGCGGGAGGAGGGGGGCGGGCAGGCUGCUGCCGCGCCGACGGCCCCGCGCCCAUGACGAUGCUGCUGGACGGAGGGCCGCAGUUCCCGGCGCUGGGGGUGGGCGGCUUUGCGGCGCCCCGCCACCACGAGAUGCCGGGUCGCGACGCCGGCGGCGGCGGCAUGGGGCUGGGCCCCUUCGGGGACUCUUCGCACGCCGCCGCCUUCAAGCUGAACGCGGCCCCGCACGACCUCGCCGCCGGGCAGAGCUCGGCAUUCACGCCGCAGGCGCCGGGCUACGCCAGCGCCCUGGGCCACCACCACCAUCACCACCACCACGCCGGCCAGGUGCCCUCCUACGGCGGGGCCGCCGCCUUCAACUCCACCCGCGACUUUCUGUUCCGCAACCGCGGCUCCGGCAUCGCGGACGCCGCCUCCGGCACGGCGCAGCACGGGCUCUUCGGCGGCUCCCCCGGCGGCUUGCACGGCCCUGGCGGCAUCCCGGACACCCCGGGCUACCUGCUCUUCCCGGGGCUGCACGAGCAGAGCCCGAGCCACACGUCCCCCAACGGGCAUGUGGACAACGGGCAGAUGCACCUGGGGCUGCGCGGGGACCUCUUCGGGCGGCCGGAUCCCUACCGGGCCGUCUCCAGCCCCCGCACGGACCCUUACGCCGGCGCCCAGUUCCACAACUACAACCACAUGAAUAUGAAUAUGGGCAUGAACGUGGCGGCCCACCACCACCACCACCACCACCACGGCCCCGGCGCUUUCUUUCGGUACAUGCGCCAGCCCAUCAAGCAAGAAUUGUCCUGCAAGUGGCUCGACGAGAGCCAGCUCAGCCGGCCCAAGAAAAGCUGCGACAGGACUUUCAGCACCAUGCACGAGCUGGUGACCCAUGUCACCAUGGAGCACGUCGGGGGGCCGGAGCAGAACAACCACAUCUGCUACUGGGACGAGUGUCCGCGGGAAGGCAAGUCCUUCAAGGCGAAAUACAAACUGGUGAACCACAUUCGGGUGCACACGGGGGAAAAGCCCUUCCCGUGCCCCUUCCCGGGCUGCGGCAAGAUCUUUGCCCGCUCCGAGAACCUCAAGAUUCACAAGCGGACGCACACAGGUGAGAAGCCUUUCAAGUGCGAGUUUGAGGGCUGCGACAGGCGCUUCGCCAACAGCAGUGACAGGAAGAAACACAUGCACGUCCACACCUCGGACAAGCCCUACAUCUGCAAGGUGUGCGACAAAUCCUACACCCACCCCAGCUCACUUAGGAAACACAUGAAGGUGCACGAAUCCCAGGGGUCGGACUCUUCCCCUGCAGCCAGCUCGGGGUACGAGUCCUCCACCCCCCCUGCGGUGGGCUCCGCCGGCAGUAAGGACUCCACUAAAACGCCGCCGGCCGCCCUGCAGAGUAACCCCGGCCAUAACCCUGGACUGCCCCCCAAUUUUAAUGAGUGGUAUGUGUGAAGGCAGCUGCUGCCCGGCCACAGACUGGACCAAAUGCAUAGGGAACGAGGAAAAAAAAAGGACAAACCAAGCCAACUGCAGCUCGCUCCCACGGAAAUGGAGUUUCCACACCGACGACCGCUGAGGGCUACACCUACUUAACUGCCAGGAUGCGGAGGGGGGUCUUUUAUUAUUAUAUUAUAAUUAUUACUAUUUUUUUGCAAGCCCAGACGCUGGACUAGCCAUGUCCUUUUCUCAGGAUUAGAUUUCUUUUUUUUUUUUUGUUGUCAUUUUUUUUCAGUCUCAGUCGUUUCUUUGAUUUUCACCCCCCCACCUUGCCUGAGUCUCUCUUCCUCCAAUUCCCCACUUAUUUUAUUUUUCUUAAUUUGUUUUUUUUUUCUUCCUUUCUUUCGGUGGGAUGUUGACAUGAGGAUGAAAAUUCUCCUUCGCCUUAGUGGUGAUUGUUUAAACUUACAGUCUUAAACCGUGCCAAAGUCCUGUUAUGUCUUGAACUUUCCUUUCUAGCUCUCCUGCUGCUUCUUUCUCUGCUCUUCUCUUUCUCCUUCUCUCUCCAAGCAUUACACUUGUGAAUGUAUUCUCGUCUGAUGGGGUCGGUCAGUAUUUUUCAGGAUGAGGAUGUGGUGUUUAUUCUGCCCAGAUUGUGACGUUUAGUAUAACAGUUGCCUUUUUGUAAUAACUUUUUUUGUAAAUACAUACCCAUGAUGCCAUAUUUAUCGUUCGUAAUUUAAUUAUUGAUACAAAGUGCCGGGAACUGAACAAUAUUUAUGGGGGAGAAAAAAUUGUUUUCUAACAAAAAAAUACAAACAAACAAAAAAAAUCCAACUCUGUACAGCUUUUGGUUAUAACUGCUUUAGCAUUAAAAGUUUAUUGUUUUGGAAAGAGCCGUUUUUGACCUCCUCCGGGGCGCGGGGCAGCCGCGGGUGCCGUGGCGGGCCCGGAUGGCGCUGCCAGCGGGGCCGGGCCGUUGUUUCCGAGCCGGCGGUGCCGGGGGAAGCCCCCUCCUCGCCGCCGCUCUCUGCUGUCCCUUUGUCCCCGCCCUUCGCUGCCCCCGAGCUUCCCGAGCGGCGGGGCUCGGGGCACGGCGCCGGCCCGGUGCAGCAGCCCCGACGGGGCGGUCCCGACGGCGAGUAGCGGGUGAGUAGCCGGUGAGUACCGGGCCGAGCGGGGCAGCGCGGGCUGUGCGCCGGGCAGUCGUGCCGGACCGGGCUGCCGACAGCGGGCUGCUUGCCGCGGGGGGCCGGGGCGAGCGAGCGGCGGGCGGGACUGUCUCCGUUAUCGUCUGCUUUGUUUUGUUC